AUUUGAAAUCCGCUGUUCAUGGAGUGAAGCCUGUGAAAUAAUCUCUUCCACUUUUCCAUCAAUUUAUUCCAUAUUUUGUAUGAAAUUUAAGAACCAGAAACCAUGAGCAGUGCAAGAAAAGACGAAGUUGAAAUUCCCGACAUUGUGGAGGAUCCAUCAACUGGGAAUCGUUAUAUGAAAGGAAGAUAUCUUGGAAAGGGAGGAUUUGCAAAAUGUUACGAACUAACGGACAUGGUGACGAAGACAAUUUACGCUGGGAAGGUGGUUCCCAAAUCACUACUGGUCAAACAGCAUCAAAAAGACAAAAUGGCACAGGAGAUCAAUAUUCACCGUAGUUUAAACCAUAAACAUGUUGUCCAGUUUCAAAAAUUCUUCGAGGAUUCAGCUAAUGUUUAUAUUUUACUAGAGCUGUGUCGUAGAAGGACAUUAAUGGAAUUACAGAAGAGAAGAAAAUCGAUCACAGAACCCGAGACACGAUAUUUUUUACGUCAAACUAUCGAAGCGUGUCAAUAUUUACAUAAUAUCAACGUCAUUCAUCGUGAUCUCAAACUAGGUAACCUGUUUUUAAACGACGAUCUAGAAGUUAAGAUUGGUGAUUUUGGUCUGGCUACAAGAUUGGAAUAUGAUGGGGAGAGAAAAAGAACAUUAUGUGGUACACCAAACUAUAUUGCUCCCGAGGUUCUAGGGAAAGUUGGACAUAGUUUUGAAGUUGAUAUAUGGUCUCUAGGUUGUAUCGUAUAUACUUUAUUAGUUGGACGUCCACCAUUUGAGACAUCCUGUUUAAAAGACACUUACUUACGAAUCAAACACAACCGGUAUCAUGUACCGUCUAAACUCAGCACUCCUGCUAGAAAUCUCAUCAAUAAAAUGUUGAAGGGAAAUCCUACUGAACGUCCAAAUAUCAACCAACUUUUAGACGAAGAAUUCUUCACUUCUGGUUAUUUACCCUCUCGUCUACCAACUAGUUGUUUAACCAUGGCUCCUAGAUUUGAUACUAUAGCUAAAUCAGAGACUUUAUUACGUAAACCAUUAUCAGACAUCAACAGUGGAGAUGAAGAACCAUUAGACUAUUGGCUAUCAGAUUUAUAUAAUCAACUCUCUACAGCUAUAGCCUCUAGACCUGGAGAGCGUCUUAAUGUGGUGGAAGAUGCUGCAGAAGACCCCGCCUCUAUGCCUAUUUACUGGGUAUCUAAAUGGGUGGAUUAUUCUGAUAAAUAUGGUUUAGGCUAUCAACUUUGUGAUAACAGUGUUGGCGUUCUGUUCAACGAUUCUUCUAGACUUAUAUUAUUAGCUAACGGAGAAAAUGUACAUUAUAUAGAACGAGAUGGUAGAGAACAUUAUCACACUCUGAAAGUUUUCCCUGAAGAUUUGACAAAGAAAGUGACAUUAUUAAAAUAUUUCCGUAAUUACAUGAAUGAACAUCUUCUCAAGGCUGGUGCUAACAUGGUACCAAGAGAAUCAGAUGAGAUGGUCAGAUUACCGUAUCUACGUACGUGGACCAGGACUAGAAGUGCUAUAGUUCUACAUCUCAGUAACGGUACCUUACAGAUCAAUUUCUUCCAAGAUCAUACAAAGGUGAUCCUCUGUCCUCUGAUGCAGGCUGUGACGUAUAUAGAUGAAAAACGAGACUUCAGAUGUUUUAGAUAUAACCUCAUAGAGAAGUUCGGAUGUUCGAAGGAAAUUUGUAGUCGACUGCGUUAUGCUAGAUCAAUGGUGGAAAGACUCAUGACGAUCAAGUCUUCAGGACGCGUUUCAGGCAAAAUUAAAUCUACUUCAUAGACAACUACUUGAAGAACAAAGUGCUAUAGACUUACAGUGUUCAAAUUGCGAUCUCCAUAUCAAAUUCACAGGCAUUAUCGACUGCCCACUGUCGUGUGUUACUAGAUGUACAUACAUACGUUAGGGGAGAGAACUCAUCAUUUAUUGUUACGGCAGUGAAUAUAUCGUAAAUCAAAAUGGUGAUAUAUUGGCAGUUUUUGAAGAAUUUCAAAUUUUUAUUCAGAAUCAAAUAAGAUCAAAUUUGAAUUUUUAUUCUAAUUUAAAAAAAACGAAAAAAAAAACUUGCAAUUUGCUCACGACACACGAUUGAAACAAAGAAUAAUGUUUGUUUAUCAAAUAUUUCCAUCAAUUUUGAUCCUCUUUCAGGACAUAAGGAGAAAUCAUUUAAGGGAAUAAAAUUUUUGAAAGACAAAAAAAAAUGCAAAAUUUUAUCAAUUUGUUACGAGAGCAUUAUUAAAUAUAUUUAAGUGGGAGACUAGCUUUUAAGUUGCAUUCUGACUGUAGUUAAAGAGGCCAUUCCAAGUCUGAUUUUGUGUAUCUCUAGCCUUAGUUUGUUUGUUGCAAAAGAUUUUGGGUCUAUAGGAAAGUAUUUGGUUAUAGUGUUUGAAAACCAUCAAAACUAAUCUUAUUGGGUCAAAUAUAAGUUGUAUUUCACCAUUGGGUAUCUAAAAACAUAGCCUAUAGGCAUGGCAUGGCAUUAUCUUGUGACAUUAUUCGAAGGUAACUUAAAAGAAGUGAAAUCUAUUUUUUUUGUUCCACGUGAUCUAAUCAAGAGAUAAAGGCGUUGUGUUGAAGAGCAUGGGCAUGUGUUAUGAUUUCUUAUUGAAAGUAUGCUAGAUCAUUAUUUUAGCUGUAGAUUAAGCUAAUGCUGAUCUAUUGACAAAUAUUGAGUCGUUCUAAAGUUUGAAAAACAAGACAUAAAACUCCUAUUUACUUUUAUUUUGAGGGUUUGACGGCACCCAAGAUUCACAACAUUCCUGUUAAUAAUAAAAUUGUUCAUGCAAGUUGUAUACACUUGACUAGGGAAUUGAUUAUGCGGAGGAUGCAUAAUAAUAAUCCUUCAUUGAUGCUUGCUUGAUGACAGCGCCACAUCCUGGUUUUCCAAGCUCCAUCUAACGUUAUUAUCGAUCUCUGUCUUAGAUUUUCUUAGUAUCAAUAAAAAGUAAUGGGCAAUUUGCAUCUUUCAAUCAGAAACCAUACCAAGUUAUAUUUCAGAUAAAAUGUGCAUUUAAAAAGUUAUCAUUUAUAUUUUCAAGUUUCAUUGAAAUCAUGUAUAAACUCAGUGUAAAUAUUUUGUAUUUAAAACUUUUAUUGUCAGGGGAAGAUAAUUCUACAAAUAUUGUUAAUAGGGCAUUCACACUUGGAGACUUCAUCGUUAUUUCAAAGACAUUAUAAUUUCUGUUUAAAUUUGUAUAAUUUAGAAAUUCUGUCAUUUUUGGAAGGCUGAAUAUAAGUGCCAAACCAUAGGUGGUUUUACUUUUGUAGAGGUAUCACAUUUUUGUGACACAAAGAUGGUACUUUUUUUUUGGAGGAGUCCACUAUUAUACAAUUUUUACACUUGAUUUUUGUCAGGUUUUGGACAAGAUUUUGAUUAACGGAAUUUUCUUGCUUUGAACGAAAGCACAAAAUUAUAUUAUGACAAUCAAGGCCUUCAAUGUAGAAUUAUCUUUCCCUUCUCACUUCCUUUUCCUGGCCAGAUCAAAAUGGCUGCCAUCUCCUGACUUGCUAUCUUGUAUAUAAUGUAUUUUCUUCGUCUCAAUCCAAAUCUUUGGAAUAUAUUUUGUACGUAAAUACUUUGAGGUGUUAAAACCAAAUAUUGUUAUAAAAUUUAUUUCCCUUUA